GAAGCGGCCUGGGCGGGGCGGGAGGCGGAGGCGCCGCGUAGGCCCGGGAGGCCGGCCCGGCCCGGCUGGGAGCUCGAGCCCCAUGCGCCGCCGCCUCCCCCCAGGAUGUUCCCCUCCCGGAGGAAAGCGGCGCAGCUGCCCUGGGAGGACGGCAGGUGGGAUGUUUCCCCAUGUCCAUCUCCCUGGUCUCCACCCCUCCCCCAGAGACAGCCAGGAGGGCGAGAAAGAACCUGUAGAGGUUCCAGCUUUCCCAGGCCACUCGCAGGAUUGGGCUCCACCCUUCCCCAGCGGAAACCCCCACCACAGGACAACGGGGGGUCCAGGUUGCUCCCCAGCGGCCUCCCCCGGAAAUGCUCCGUCUUCCACCUCUUCGUUGCCUGUCUCUUAUUAGGCUUCCUCUCCCUGCUCUGGCUGCAGCUCAGCUGCUCUGGCGAUGUGGCCCGGGCAGCCAGCGGACAAGGGCAGGAGACCCCAGGCCCACCCCGGGUGUGCCCCCCAGAGCCACCCCCUGAGCACUGGGAAGAAGAUGCAUCAUGGGGCCCCCAUCGCCUGGCAGUGCUGGUGCCCUUCCGCGAACGCUUUGAGGAGCUCCUGGUCUUUGUGCCCCACAUGCACCGCUUCCUGAGCAGGAAGAAGAUCCAGCACCACAUCUAUGUGCUCAACCAGGUGGAUCAUUUCAGGUUCAACCGGGCAGCACUCAUCAACGUGGGCUUCCUGGAGAGCAGCAACAGCACGGACUACAUCGCCAUGCAUGACGUGGACCUGCUCCCUCUCAACGAGGAGCUGGACUACGGCUUCCCUGAGGCUGGGCCCUUCCACGUGGCCUCCCCGGAGCUCCACCCGCUCUACCACUACAAGACCUAUGUCGGCGGCAUCCUGCUGCUCUCCAAGCAGCACUACCAGCUGUGCAACGGGAUGUCCAACCGCUUCUGGGGCUGGGGCCGCGAGGACGACGAGUUCUACCGGCGCAUCAAAGGAGCCGGGCUCCAGCUUUUCCGCCCCUCGGGAAUCACAACUGGGUACAAGACAUUUCGCCACCUGCAUGACCCAGCCUGGCGGAAGAGGGACCAGAAGCGCAUCGCAGCUCAAAAACAGGAGCAAUUCAAGGUGGACCGGGAGGGAGGCCUGAGCACUGUGAAGUACCAUGUGGAUUCCCGUACAGCCCUGUCUGUGGGAGGGGCCCCCUGCACUGUUCUCAACAUCAUGUUGGACUGUGACAAGGCUGCCACCCCCUGGUGCACAUUUGGCUGAGUUGGCUGGACAGUAAGGAAGGCUGUGCCUGGAUGCCACACUGCUACUCAGGACCAAGACAAAGCCUCAGGCCCUGGGCCCACCUCCAACAGGAUGUGGAGUGGCCUGAAGUAGCGGACAGCAAACCACGUGUUUGCAGCAGCCCAGCCCCCAGAGGCAGGCUUGAGCCGGGACAGGACACACACAGGGUGCCUGGGACGCUGCUAGCAAUAAACAGUGAUGGAAGAGGCUAGGAUGUGGCUCCUGCCUGGGACUCUCUGCCUUGCCUCCUGCUUGCCCUGCUCUGCCCUCCUUCGCGUGCUGAGACCUGCGGGCUUUGUUCCUUCCCCUGGACCGCCUCGUGCAGAGGUACAGUUUAGAAGGCAGGCCACUGACGUGGGUGGCCAGGGUGUUUGGGAGGGUCAAAACUGCAGAAACCAGAAUGCAAGCCCCGCAGAAGGGGGAUAGCUGAGGCCAGCUCCAGCUGGUUGUGACUAUACGGUAAUGUGGGCCUAGUGUUGCCAGAUCUUCUGAUUUUUCAGAAGAAACUAGAAUUCUGGACUCUUAAGUGAAA